CAACAAAAAAAAAAAUGGCAAAUCUGGGCCAUUAUACAGAUAGAAAUCCCGAUAUACGGGCUGCAGGAAUUUCAACACUCACAAAUCCUGAGGAUAAUUUUGGCGCCAAGGAUUGCCUUGUGAGCCUGGACAUUGGUGAGCAGGCGGAGCAUCUGAUUUUGGCCCAUUGCCGGCAACAGAAACCCAAAUCUUAUGCCCGUACACCCAAGCAUCCCAAAAGCAAUAUGGACGAUCAUUUCGGUGAAAAUCUUCAAAAGGGACCCUUUGAGAAUAUUCAGGAAAAAUCUCGCGAGAAUUAUUUCAUCCGAAGACCCGUUUUGAGUCAAGCCAUGGAAACCUAUUCGAUACCGGAAAAUGUGAACAAUUGGAGUCAAACUUUUGGGAUAAGUUCCAUACCCGAAGAUUCGGUGUAUUCGGUGAUAAUGCCACCAAAAACUGUCGAGCAGGUUAAUAGGGAGUAUGCCGAGUACCACAAUCAGCACAUUAUCAGUCAUAAUCAUUACUUUCCCUCGGAACAGAUCAAUCGACGAUAUACAGAUAGCUUUAAUCGGUUUGAUACCUUUGGUGUUCCCACCAAUACAGAUCCCUCGGGUAUAAAGGUAAAGAAUUGCUUGAACGAGAGCGAGGAGCACCUGAAAAUAAUAAAAAAGCCCAAAAAAGAUUUAGAUAAUCGCACUAAAGCUCCUUUGGGCAAGAAGUUUCUCUGGUAUCCAUAUAAAUUCCCUAAAAACAUGACCUUUGGCAAAAUGUCGCAACCUGAAUUCGGUGUACAAUCGUUAAUGGAGUACACAUCGCCCUCAUCUCGUACUGCUAAAAUGACCGCUGCCAUUAGCCAUAUAAAUCACCUGAGGAACAUACUCCAGCAUCGUGAUGACUUUAAUAUGAAUCAAUUGAUUACGGCUCUGGAUAAGAAGGAUACGGAGGGAACUCGCCAGUUGCCACUGGCACAGAUCAUACAAAUUAUGCGAAAAAUGAAUAUUCCAGGUAAUUUUGAAAAAUUACGCAUUGCUGCCUCCCAUUUCGGGUUAUUUGUGGACGAGAACUGUUGCGAGGAGCGUGUGAAAUAUGAGGGGCUGUGCGAUAUCCUCUCCGUGCUGAAGCCAUUGCCAACGAUUGGAUCCAUUUCACCGGAACCGGAAACGGUGUAUAAUAAAUUCACCACCUAUCGCCUGCUCUGCGCUGAUUUAGCCAAGAAACCUGAGGAGGGUUUAGUUUCCCACAUCCCACAUGCCCACAUCUCGCCCAUUAAGGAGGAUAUUAAUAACACACACGUCAAGGACAUAAUUAGACCUGAUCCACCCAUGUUGUGUGGCAUUUGGCCAAGUGAUUUUCGAAAGGCACGCGGCAAAGUCGAAAUGGAACGUAUAUUCCAAGGAUUUGUCUCAGAAGAUGACUUUGCAAGGAUCUGGCAGGCUCUAAUGGAGAAACAACCAGAUGCCAAGGAUAUGGCUUCAGUUCAGGACUUUCGUGCGGAAAUGAUUCGAAUUGAGGACGAGAAAAAAGCCGAAGCUUAAGAAAGGAACAAAGCUAACUAUUUCCUACUUAUUUAAUUAGGUUAGUACAAAAAAUAACAAUAUUAAAGUAAACUCCUACAACAUGUA